GUUUAUGUUAUAUUUGUAAAUUCAAAACAAUGUACAUGAAGUUAGUCACUACUAUCUUGAGAUUCACCGACUAAUUAUUAUAGCGUAUCAUGUAUAUUGUUCAUAUGUAUUUAUUGAAUUUGUGAUUAUUCACCUUCAGUAUUUAACAAGAAAAUAAAUUCUUAAAUUUAAACGUAUAAUUUGUAAAAUUUGUGUGACAUUAUUAAAAGAAUAAUCAAAACUAUUUAUGAAUUAUACGAAGUCGUAGAAAACUGUGAUAAGUGACAAAUAUCAAAAUGCAUCUUGAUUAAGUAUAAAUAAUGCAUUUUAAUAAGUAAUUAAAUAUAAUUAUGAAUGUAUUUGAGUGAUUCAAGAAAAACGGAAGCAAAAUCAACAGACUGAUGCCUAUAUUGCCAAUAGUGAAUAUGUGGGUGUUUGAUAAAGAAGUAUCAGAUUUUUUGUAAUUAUAAUACAUUUACUAUUGUUUUCACUUUUUUCGUAAUCUAAACAUGUUUCCCAUAAUAUUUAACCUACGGAAAAUUUUAGAAGAUACUAUAGUUGAAUAUAUCGACGUGGAUUUUACACUCUGGUUAUCAUGGCUUUUAAUGCCACUUUUAAUAACAUUCCUUCUUCCACUUGUGAUCGUAGUAUUACUGUAUUUAACUGCAUUAAUAUUGUAUGUGUAUAAAUUACACAGGAUAUGAAGUAAUUGGGCUUGAAAAUAUACCACAAAAUAAACCAAUACUUUUUGUAUAUUAUCAUGGAGCUAUUCCUAUAGAUCUUUAUUACUUUAUAUCUAAAAUAUUGCUUUUAAAUUCAAAAUUAAUUCAUACAGUAGCAGACAGAUUUCUUUUUAAAUGUCCUGGAUGGUCUAUAAUUUCUGAUGUAUUAAAAGUUAUACCUGGUACAAUUCAAACAUGUUCUACUAUAUUGAAAGAAGGUAAUAUGCUUGCUAUUUCACCUGGUGGUGUGUAUGAAGCUCAAUUUGGUGAUUCUUAUUAUCAAUUAAUGUGGAAGAAACGAGUAGGUUUUGCAAAAGUUGCAUUGGAUGCUAAAGUGUGCAUAGUACCUUUAUUUACAAAAAAUAUUAGAGAAGCAUUUAGAACAAUAAGUUGGGGUAGAAGAAUGUGGUUGAGAAUAUAUGCUGCCACCAGAUUUCCUUUUGUACCUAUCUAUGGUGGUUUUCCUGUAAAGUUGACAACAUAUGUUGGUAAACCAAUUUCAUAUGAUGAAAAUCUAACACCAGAAGAGUUGCAAAUAAAGGUUGCUGAUGCACUCAAUAAUUUAAUUAUUCAACAUCAAAGAAUACCUGGAAGUAUAUCAUUAGCUUUAUUAGAAAGAGUAUAUACUGCAGAGAAAAAGAACAAUAAGUUUUAGUAUUUACUCAAAUAUUGUAUCUCAAAUCAUGGGUAUUUGAAAUGUUAUGCUUUUUUUAGACUAAAAUUUAUAUCUUUAAUUUAUGGUGCUGAUUAUUUAGUAAUAUUUGAUAGUGAGAAGUUUUAUUAAAUUUAAAGUUAAUUUUUUGAUUAUGCAAUGUACUUACUUUUUGUAGUGUAACAAUUUAUUUGUCCUUUUAAUUAUUAGAUAAAUAUUUUAUAUAUUUUAUUUUAAUUCAUGAAUUUAUGGGGUGAAUUUAUUCGAAUUCUGAUACAUUUUUUUAUAUUCAUUUUUUAUAUAUUUAUAUGAAUAUAUUUAUAUAUGUAUAUCAAUAUAAAUAGUAUUAAUAUUUAUAAUUCUCUAUAAAGAAAAAUAG